CUCUUGUACGCUACUGUCAUCUACCACCUAGGCGACAUGCUCUUGUUCUACGAUUUAGUCCAGAGCGAUGAAAUAGAGGACGCAUACAAAAUCGAGGUGGAAGGUUACCCGCCCGACGAAGCGGCGACCCUCGACGCCUUCAAAUAUCGCCAGGCCCAUGCGCCAGAUCUCUUCCUAGGUGCAUAUGCCCCCAGCGGGGUUGAGGGAACCACCCGCAAACUGAUCGGCUACGUCUGCGCGACCCUCUCGCCCGCGUCCAGCCUCUCGCACGCGUCCAUGUCCACACACGUCCCCGGCGCACCCUCCGUUUGCAUCCACUCCGUUUGCAUUUCCCCCGCGCAUCGCCGGCAGGGUCGCGCACUCGCGGCUUUCCCGAACGGCGCGCAGGACCUCGUGGUGGACGACGGCCAGGGCGCGCUGCGGAACAAAUCCGACUUGCUGUGCCCGCGGGAGGGAUGCGGGAGCGUGAUCCUGAAGGACGGUGUGGCGUCGCUGGUCGAGCGGGCCAGUGUACAGAUGGACCCGCUAGAGCAUACAGCGAUGAGCUUGCUGCCGCCCCUGCCCACGCCCCGGAACAUCGGAUUCUCAAAGGUAGUUCUGUUAGAUGGUGGGUCUUCUCGACUUCUGCUUAGCUGCGCAGAUUGUGACCUAGGUCCACUAGGCUGGUGCGAGGAGGGCGGCAACGAAUUCUGGCUCGCAUGUAGCCGUGUGAGCUACAGAGAAUGACGAAAUAGUAGCCCUAGAAUGUACACAUACAAUGCUCUUGUGCAAACAAUUUGAGUCCGGGCACAGGUCAUGCCCCCGUACGCCGC